GUUUAUUCCGUGCAAUUUGUUUCUUCUGGCUCUGAUUGCAACCUUAACACUUUCAUUUUAUGGAGUCCUUCUUAUUUUGAAAAGUAAUCAUUCAUAUUAAAUCAUAAAUUUUAUUGGCUAAUUUCUUUGAGUUGAUUAUAGACCUAGUAAAUUGUUAGCGACUGAUUGAAAAAAAUGGGAACAAAUUAAUUUUCAACUUGGAGUUGGAAUCCAAGUGGCCAAGUCAAUUUAAUUUAAGUGUCAAAGAUUCAAACUGAAAAUUAUAAACUGGAAUAAUUAGGAGUUUCCGAGGGCUCAAUUUGAUUUUGUGUUGCUGCACUUAUGUUUUGAAUUUGAUACUGCAUAUUUCUGCCCUUUCAAUGACAAUACGUCACUGUCCACAGAUUUUAACUUCACAAUAAAGUUGUCACACUUAGUUAGGCUAGGGCUUCCGCUUAUGUUUAUACUCAUACCAUAUUAUUAGGCUCAAACUUAGGCCAAUGUUAAAAAGGAAGUAUUGCGACCUACCCAACAACAAUCAUUAAUUAAUGUUGAGGUUAGUAGCUAACUAAUCAUAAAGAAGUGAUGAAAUUGAAGUAUCUAAAUCUAAAUUAUUAUAUAAAGGCAAAGGCAGUGUCUAGCUACAUGUCCGGCGCGCCGGACGUAUAUCUCCCGCACUAUUUGUCCGGCGACCAAGUCACAUGACCGCCGUUAGAAAGUGGUGAGAGAUAUCUUGUUGGUCAGCCUUGUCACGUUGACUGCGAAUGAUUCAAAACUAUUAUUAAUUUUAAAAUCUAUUUCUCUACCAAGUAAUGUACUGAGUAUCUUGAAUGCAAAUAAUAUAAAAAAACUUAAGUGAAAGUGGCUUGUAAACAUUUUUGUUUAGUUUGUUAUUUGAGUUUGUGUACCAGUAAUCCUUAAAAUAAAUUAGGGGCCAGUGUGGAGUAGGCAACCAAUAAAAGUAAAAGAUUUCAUUUUAAAUUGUUUAAAUUGCUACAAAAUAUUUAAAAACUUCUCAUGAAACUACUGUUGCUGAUGAACAAGAUAAUAUAAAUAUAGUAUAAAAUAUUUUUAAUUAAAAUGGGAAGAAAAAAAAACGAUCUCCGGUAUUGAUCCUCAAAUCAUAAUAACGCCAAGCGUCCACUCUACCAUUAGACCAGACAAGAUCUACCAAACCGAACUUCGUUCGGAAUUAUUAAAACUACUAGCCGUCCGGCGGUCACGUGACAUGCCGCCGAACGUAUAUCUUGCGCACUAUUUGUCCGGCGCGCCGGACGUGUAGACACUUCGUUAUAUAAAAGCCUACCCUAAUAAGUUAAAGAUAGUAUGUCAAUGAGAAUGAGUGUACAUCAUUUGACUAUAGACUCUUGUCACUAACAUUAUUAGGUGAUUAGGUAGACAAGUGAUUCCUGAAACACAAAUCAGUUUUUGUUAUAAUGGCUUAUGCUUAAUCAAAUUCUUCAAUCUAAAAUCAAUUUCCUAUUAGAUUUUUAAAUGACUUUUGAUUUCAGUUAACUGAGGUGAUCAUGGAUCCUGAUUUACAAAGUCAGGCAGGUGGGGAUGAAGGCUUUGCUGAUGGGGAAGUUCCUGAUGAUGAGGCUAUGGAUGUUGCAGUUACAAACAACGAGUCUGAUGGUAUGCAUGAUAUAAAAACACUUUAAGGUUAUGUAUUUCUAAUAUAAAUUUUAUUUUAUUAAAUUUUAUAUUUUAAAUUCAUGAAAAUUAAGUUCAAAGUUAAAGAUUUCUUUUCAAAAUUUUCUGGUGGACUGUAAAAGUAUCUACAAUUAAUGGAUUUUGGCUUACAUUUUAUGUUGAUGUGUAAAUAUAUGUGUUUUUUUUUUUUUCUAGAUGAAGUUCUUCAGGGCCCUAGAGCAUCUGUGUACUUUUGUGAUUUUGAUCCUGGGAAGCAAGGGCAUGACUUACCCAAAGAGGAAGUGGAACUAAUGAUGCAGGCAGAAGCAUACCAACGGAAAAUCGACACAUGUCAUUUGUAAGUUUAUGUUUUAUUAUGUGCUUUAAAUUUGUUUGAACUGUUUGAAAUUCAAAUAUUUUUUAGAUGGUAAAUUUGAUAUUGGUUUGGUGAGGGCUGCAGUACAGAUGUCUGUAAAGGUAUCUCGAGUAGCAUGAUGUUUAUUUUGUUCAGUUUGACACCACUGGUCCCCUUGAUAGUUGAAAAAUGGGUUAGCUGGGUGGUUUGAUGGUUAAGAAAUUGUAAGCUGGUCUUUCAAGCGUAGCAAUGAAGACAUUUUACAUGACAAGCAUUUGACCCCAUGAUGAAAGUAAAACUGUCAGUGUUUUUAUUGCUUUAUAAAGAAAUAUUUUUACAUAGAUAUAACAUUAACAUCAUACAUUCACCAUUAGGCCCGAGCCAGUCACAUCAAAAAUAACGCCUCAUGCUGUCCACAUGUAAUAAUUUUUACAGACUUUGAGAAUAUAAUUAUAAUAACAUUCAAAUAACAUAAGUAUCUGUUAUUAAUAAGGGACCUGUAAUAAAAUGUUAUUGGUAGGUUAAGUGGCUUGGUUAAUAAUAUUAAUAGCUUUGGUUAGAAUUUAAUUAAAAAAUAGUGUAUCCAAAACUAUCCUAAACCUCACAGGUGUGGCAAAUGUUGGUUUGAUAACCAGUUUAGCCAGGAUUGCAGUGAGUGUGGAGGCUUUGCUAUGAGCAGGACUUGCCCCAUUUGCCUCGGCCGGUGUCACCAGCUUUGGAAGCGUAAUGUGAAAAUGGUGAGUUAUAUAUUCAGUCAUGUUUUCUAAGGGUUUAAGUUUAAGCCAUAUUCAAAAUUUUAAAAAAUAAAUCACCCUUCCCUUGUUUCCUAACCAUAUUUUAACUUUGAAUUUAAUAAAAAAAUUUUUUACAAAGGGUUAAAGUUGGCCUACUUUCACGAGAACAUGUUUUUUUUUACUUUAUACAAUAUGGUCCACUAUCAAAAUAUUAUUUGAAUGCUACGUUUCAGUCUCACAAUUACCAUCAUUUAUCUGUUUCAGUCUCACAGUUACCAUGAAGCCUACUGGGAUGGGGCCUGUGGAUUGCCUGAUCAUUUACAAAGACCGUACCAUAUUGAACGUUUCACAGAUUCCUCAGAAGAUGGUCUCUCUCAGUGUCUUCAAGAUCUUUCCACAAGUUAGAAGGAGUAUGGACUUUAGUUUAAAGCAUAUUUGUUUAACACGCUCUGCAAGCAAAAACAGUCUUUAAAAUGCGUGACUUAAACCUGAUAAUUUUUUUUUCCAGGAUUUAUUUUAAGGGCAUUUUUUAAAAUAUUUGAAGGAACAUUCUAUAUUUACAAUUUAUUUAAAUAAUUUCAGCAGCUUUUCUUUUUCACACUUAUAAGCUCUCCGAUAUAUGUUUUUUUUAGCCAAAGGUGGUUAAACUCCAUGUUAUAUAUUUACAUUACUGCAACAGGAUGAACAAUUGUGUUUGUUAUAUAUAGAGAGUCAAAAAAUGUCUAAGUGUUUGUGUUUCAAAUUUAUUUUAAAAGAACCAAAUUAUAGUAAAAAAAUUGGGAUGCGCAAAAUGAUAAAUUUAAUCAGAAUGGAGAUUUCAAAAUAUUAACAUUUCACAUUGCAAACAAAAAGUGCCUAAAUAUAAAGAAAGCACUAGCAAAGAUAAAAUCAGGAUUGCUAUGUCAGGACAUUUGUUGGAAAAAAUAACAAACAAUGACAUAAAAAUGCAUAGAUCAAAAAUAGUACUGAGUUAAUUGGACCAUAGUUUAAAGGUCUCCCCCCCCCCCUCCCCCCAACCACCAUUAAUCUUCCAUUUUAACCAGGUUGUUCUCAAAAAUGAUUAAUCUCUCCUCUGGGGUAGUCUUAGCUGGAUUGUUGUUGAAGUGUUAUAGAUGGUGGGAGUAGCUAUGUAUUUUAUUUUGAAAGUUUCUCAGAUCACUUGGUACAAGUACAUUUCAAACUUGUGCAAAGAGGUGAGAAGAUUUUGAGAAAUUUAUCAAGUUUAGCCAUUACUUUUAAGUAUAGUUUAAAAGAAAUUUGAAGUAGAUUGCCAAGAAAGCUCUUAUAACAAAGAACUUUUAUCAGUGUUGAAAAUUCAUGCUUUAGUUUGUGUGGUUGUAUCCAACAUAAUGUCUCUUGUAUUGGGAGUAAUUUGUAAUAUUAAUAGAAAAGUUGGGGACGUCCAGAUGCCGAAUACCAAACAGUUGAAUGUUUGCAUGUCUCUUUAGCUUAGAAUGUUUUUAAAUUUUGCAGUUAUAUUGCUCAGAUGUUUUUUUUUUUUUAUUAGUUAUGACUUAAACAGACUUUAAUCCUCUUGGGACGGCUGGGGCGAUCUAAAGGCCCAGGGUCAAAUGCUGAAAAAAGGCAAAGGGCAGAUCCAUUUGCCAUAUUGCGAUUGGCUGGCUGGUCUUCUUACCAGUUAAUCAGAUUGCUUCUCACAUUUCUUGCUCAUCUCGCCAUUUAAGUGGUGGCUUCCAUUGAUAUUUUACGGUGCUGUCAUUUUAUAUCAUUUUUUUUUGGUACUCAGUGUCCCCUAAUAUAAGUGCUUGAAAAUAUGUGACCUUGAAAUAUGGCUAAAGGCAUAAGCAGUCCUUGUGGAAUAUUUUAUGUAGUUUUUCCACAUUGCAUCUCAUUCAAAUAUGGGUUACUACUUAUUUAGGCUUCAACAGUAACAUUUUAAAAAAAAAUUCUUCUAGUAAGAUGUGUUUAUUCUAAGUGCAAAAAAGAAUUGCAUGCAUAAAUUAUGCCAAUCAAGAUAUCUCAUUAGCAUAAAUGUUGAGAUUUCAGUUUGAUUUGUAAAGAUCGUAUUAGUUUAUUCAAUACCCUGUAAGAAUAUAUAUAGUUUUAUUUUUGUAAAUUAGUUAGUUUACUUUCUAUAAUUUAUAUUUGCAAUGUGAGUGCCGAGCUUGUAGAAAGGGCUUCUUGGCACCAGCACUCCAAAAAGGCUCAGUUUCAAAAGGGUUAAAAUAUGUUAUAUUAUUUUUGUAUUCGCUAAGCUUCUCUAUGUUGUCAUGUUGCCCUUAAUAAAGUGCAGUUUUUGUUUUCAUUCCAAGAAGGAUGAUCCUAAGACUGUUCUCAUUUUUUAAAAAGUAGAACGCUCACUUCAAAAAGAAAAUAAUAAUGGCGAAUUCUGAUAUUAUUUUAUUUUAUUAUAUGGCUUGUCAAAGCUGUGACUGGCUAAAAGCCGGAAUCUCUUAUUUUUUAUUGGACAAAAAGCAUAUUCACUAUCACCCUAUUCCAACAGUUUCACCGCUGUUUAGAUAUAUGUAUUUUAUGGAUGUUUAGAAAAAUAAUUACUAGUAUACACGGAAAGUAAAUUGUGUUGAAUUCUUAAUAAUUCAUCUUUGAGGUGUGCUCUAGACCAGUGAUUUUCAACUGGCGUUUAAUGGACCAGUUCACAGUCAUUUCCAGAG